AUGACAACCCCUUUUGGGAAUGUUGAAGAAGGGCUUGCUUUUUUAAGGCAGCAUGACGUUAAAGAUCUUGUUUUUUGCGGUCGUGUGCAACGUCCCAAAUUGAGAGAUCUUUCAGUAGAUCGUCUAGGGGCAAAAUGGUUGAUGCGUAUUACGCCACACUUUUUCCGUGAUGAUGGUUUGCUAAGAGCCGUGACAAAGGAAUUUGAAAGUGAAGGUUUUAAUCUUUUAAGUGUGGAGGAUGUAUUAUCCUCUCAAGAUAUGAUGACAGAAGGGAAUUUAACUUCUUUUGGCCCCACAGCAGAAAAUAUAGAAGAUAUCAAACGUGGCUUUGCUGUUUUGAAUGCGCUGGGAAAUCAAGACGUGGGGCAAUCCAUUAUUGUUCAAAAAGGGAUUGUUUUAGGAAUUGAGGCUGUAGAAGGAACGAAUGCCUUGAUUGAUCGUGUGCAGUCUUAUGUUGACCCUCAGCUUUUUGAGGCUGUUUUAGUAAAAGCAGCAAAGAAAGCUCAAACAAGGCAAGCAGAUUUGCCUGUUGUGGGCCCUGAUACAGUUGAUCACGGUGUGAGAGUUGGCUUAAAAGGAAUGGCUUUGGAGGCAGGCUCUGUCAUUUUAAUCGAUCGGGAAAGCUUGAUAAGGAAGGCCGAAAAAGAAGGGUUCUUUAUUGUUGAUAUGCGAGGAGAAACAUAA